AUGGAUCGACGAAGAUCUCACAAAUCCAGCUGCUCGUCAUUCAUACUCAGCAACCCGAUGAACUUGCAGCAGCCGCAACAGCAGCAGCAACCAUUGAUACAACCACAGCAAAUUCAACAAAUUCCACUUCAGCAACAUCAGAUAUAUCAGAAGCAACAAUUAUCAUCCACACUGAACCUUCAACAAACGCAACCACCAGUUCAGCAGCAACAACAUCUACCACAAAAUCUGCAAGCACAGCAACAGUAUCUGCAGCCACAGCAACAGCAGCUAGCACUUCCUCAACAAUCGACGUUACAACCGCCAAAAUACCAACCACUUCAUUCUUCACAACAACACUUGUUGCCAAAUUAUCAACAAUCGCAACAACAACAACAACCUAUUACAUCAAUAGCAUCAACGGCUGCGACGACAGCAUUACUAACAGCAGCUUCAGCAGCGUGCAGCAGUCAGCCAGACAGCAGAAAGUCGUCGAAUGUCAUUGAAGUUGAUGAGAAUAAUGUACCUCAGGUUCAGUCCUUCUUUAUUUUUAUUUCAUUUCUGGUGCACCUGAUGCAAAUUUUGAGGCACUCAAACUAA